AUAGACCUAAUGGCUGGAGUGGUUCGCAACGAAGGCGCGGGGUUUAUAAGACUUUUGGUCAAAAACCCGAAUAACAUAACUGUAGAUCAGUUUAAGUUUGGCAUAAAAGUGGCCGAUUUGGAGUAUCACAACAUAGACAUUGAAAACGUGACCGCAUUUUACUUGCAAAACGUCAACACCAGUAGCUCUCAGGCCCUCCGGUGGGCCAUCUCUGACUUUGUCGGCGAUUUGACGCUCAAGUGUCCGACAUAUCUGUUCGCCAAACAGUUCGCCAUAACUGCCCUCCGGUGGGCCAUCUCUGACUUUGUCGGCGAUUUGACGCUCAAGUGUCCGACAUAUCUGUUCGCCAAACAGUUCGCCAUAACUGUGAAGGAGUGGCAAAGGGUUUACUUUUAUGAACUCCUAUACGAAAGCAAAUAUUAUGCCAAACGUGGCAAUUGUGAUGAGAAAACUAUGGGUAUUUGUCACGCACAGGACAUACCCUUUGUAUUUGGUUUACCCUAUAUUCACGAGAAAGACUACGAACCCGAGGAUAUGUUUUUCAGUCGAGAAAUCAUGAAAAUGUGGACUAAGUUUGCGAAAGACGGACAUCAGGACGAGGAAUGGCCACAAUUACUGAAUAACGAUGGCGUGGAUGGCGUUCCCCUUGUGAAAGGUCUGGACCCGACAAAUAUGACACUCGUAUUGAGUGAUCCCUUUCACCGCACAUGUGAUGGCAUUUGGAGCACAUAUUUCUUGUGA